AUGAAAAUUAAACCAAGAAUUAAAUUACGUAUACCUUAAAAUUCAGGUCAUGUAUAAACAGAGGCAAGUUAAGAUUAAUUGUAAUCAACAAAUGAUACACGUUUCAAAGGUGAUUUAACUUAUAGAUAAACUAUGAGAGUUAAAAAUACAAUUAAAGAAGCUUUGAUGAUCUCGAAUAUUAAAUUAGCAUUUUAAGAAGAAAUGGAUAAAAUAAAGGAGGAAAUAAGAAAACCUGAAAAGUAAUAAUCUAUGAUGUAAAAUUUGUAUGUUUACAAAGAACUGAAAUGCUAUAAUAAAAUAGAGUAAUCAUUUAACAUACACUAAUUCAAUUAAAUUAAUUAUUUUUAGAGAGAAAGGAUAGAGAUUAGGCUAUAAAAAUAAUAAACGAAAUAAGUAAUUAAGUAUUGAAAUCAAAGAUAUCAGGUAUAAAAUAUAAUGAUUAUUUAAAAGACUUGAAGAUAUUCAUACAUCUUAAAUUAGCGAAAAUAGUCUUUAGUUAUAAUUUACUCUAUUAUAGUAUAAUCUUAGCAAAGAUAGUAAAGAGAAUGUCAGACAAUGAGCAUUUAUUAAAAUAUAAAUUAUUGGCAUAUAAGUUGUUAGGGAUUAGUUUUUAUAAAUUAAGAAAUCGACAAUCAAAAAUAUACUUUACGAAAUAUUUGAUGUGUAGUUGGAAAUUAAAUAAAAAGAAUCAUGAACUGAAGGCUUAUGAAUAUUUGGGUAAGUAUUACUUUUAGGAGGGAGACAUAGAUAAGGCUACAAUAUUUCAUGAGAGAAUGGUAAAUGGAGCUAUAUUGGUAAUAUAUUUAAACUAUACAAUAUAAGUUACCUCAUUCUUCUUUAAGAGUACUGGGGAUACGGAAAUUGGAAUAAGGAUCAAUAGGGAAGGGGAAGAAGAAUUAUGGAUUAGUGGAAUGUCAUGAAAUUAAUGUUUCUAGUGAUGCUGAAGGAUUUGAAUUGGUAUUUAAUGAUGAUGAUUCUGUUCAAAAUAAGAUUGCUAUAUAAAAGAUGGAUUAAUUGGUUUUGAAUGGAUAGAAACAAAGUCUCAUUAAUUAUCCAAUUAGAAAGAAUUUAAUAUUUCAACAUAGAAGUUAACAUAUUUUAGAUAAUAAAAUAAAGACCAGACAUUUACAUCAAUUACCAGUGAUGUUAAAUCAUUUGAGUCCAAAUAGAUAAUUGGUUAAUUACUAAUUUCUAGAAUUGAAUAAGGCUGUUCCUAAUUAUAAACAAAUUCAGAAUAUUGAUCCUUACUUUGACAAAAAGGAUUCUUCAAGCAUUGCAAAUAUAAUUGUAAAGCUAUCUCGUGUUUUGGAGUAGGUAGACAUUUGGAUUAAAUUAUGAAUAUAUUAUUAUUUAUAUAAUGGAAAAGCAAUAUAUAGAGCAGAUUACAAAAUAAAUAACAAGAAAUUGAUGAACAAUUGAAAUAGACUCAAAAUUAGUAAUGUAGAGUUUGAUAACAAUUUAGAUAUGGAAUAUGUAUCAUCUAAACUAAAUGGUAUUCUUAUAUUUUAAUAAUAAGAAUACCAUUUAGUUUGUAAUCAUCCAAAUUAUUGAUUUUAACAAUUGAAGAAUUAGUAGGAGAUUAAAACAAGAAUUAGAAAGUAUGUCCUAAAAAUCAAUUAAGCAAUUCUUAAUAAAAUAGGUAAAAAUUUAUUAUUAAAUAAAAGGAUCAAUUAAAGCAUGAAUAAAGAAUCAAUAAAGAGAAAAGGAG